CAUUGGCCCGUGAAUCUCACGAUGAUGCGAAUGCAAUCACUUGGAGUGAAUGAGUGGGGUAGGUGAUGAUGUAAUAGGUAACCAUGUAGAUGGAUAUAAAUAUCGUGGUCAGAGGGUAGUCGGUAUGGCUGUACUGUCAGGGGAAGAACACUUUGCAGAUAGAUCUUGCCCUGACUCCAACGUUGAGCACUUAAAGCGGAUUGCAAGUUGUAAUAAACUUCCUGAAAGGCAACUGAUUCUGGCAAGCUUCCAAUGCAGUCUUCCAAUGUAAAGAAGAGCUUAUCUACGCCUUGAGCAUUUGUUUUUUUUUAAUGAGCGCCCAAAAUAAAGCGAGAAAGUGGAGCUAGAGUCGAGGUAUUUUUAGUGCAAUAGAUUCCCAACCACGUGUGCACAUGUUGAUCAGGAUGUUCUGCAACGCAACAAUGCAAUCGGCUUCCUUGCCAAUCUUGGUCCUUGGACUUGUAUCUGGUUUGGUGCGCUGCGCUCCUCUCUCUGCCCAGCCCAAUGCUACCUUGGAACGCAGGUGGGAGACGCUCUUGUCCCGCUCCAUGUCUCGAAUCCCCGGAGAGAGGAAGGCCAUCAGCGGAGAGACGGACUAUCUGCUGGGUAUCAAACGACUGCGACGGCUUUACUGUAACGUCGGCAUAGGAUUUCAUCUUCAAGUAUUGCCUGACGGUAGGAUUAACGGCAAACAUAACGAGAAUCAAUACAGCCUUUUGGAGAUUUCGCCCGUGGAAAGAGGGGUCGUCACCCUUUUCGGUGUCAAAAGCGGGCUGUUUGUCGCCAUGAAUAGCAAAGGCAAACUUUAUGGAUCGGCAUACUACAAUGACGAAUGCAAAUUCAGCGAAAUCCUCCUGCCCAAUAACUACAAUGCCUACGAAUCCAAAACGUACCCCAGCAUGUACAUCGCGCUGAGCAAGAAUGGCAAAACGAAGAAGGGAAACAGAGUGUCUCCCAUCAUGACAAUGACACAUUUUCUGCCGAGAAUCUGAGAGAGGCGUUCUUCAGAAAUUACCUCAGGAGGGAAGACAUAUUGUAGGAAUGAAGCCGAAAACUCGGUCGGUGCACUUUCACAAAAGCUUUAUGCAAGAUGAACAGGUGUAUCAUAUAUUUAAAUUAAUUGUGACUGAAUAUUUAUAUCUGUAUAUUUUGUUCAGAAAGUUUAUUUAUAGUUUUGCUAACUUUUUAUUAUUUCUCUGUCUGGCAAAAGAUAAGUGAUACAUUGUGUGCGUGUGUGUGUGAGUGGGUGUUUGAAUUUGUUGUAAAUGUGUGGUUAUAAUUUGUUUAAGAUGGUGAUAUGGAAUUCCUAUCUAAAAUGUGUUUGCACUGUUAUAAUUAAUCUUGUCUAAUGGAGGUCCGUGAUGUGCUUUUUUUUAUUGUUAUUUCUUAAAGUAUAAAGUCUUAGUCUUCACCCUUGACGUUUGGUUAAGUCUGUCAAUUUUUAUAUGUCUGCUGGUAACAAUGCUUGGUAUCUGACCUCCUUUGUGUAGUGUUGCUGUGUAAUUUCAAUGGAAUCCAUCCACUUCUGCUACGGAAAGUACAGUGUUGAAGUACUAACCCACAAAUCUGUUUUUAGAUCUGCUGCUGCUGAACUUUGAACUCUCCUGCAGUCAAUCUUUGUCAGAUCUUCAGGUCAGAAGCUUUUCUUAACCUACCUACAAGCUUCAGCAUUUUAGCAUUAUAAAUUACCAUACGCUUUUAAAUUUAAAAAAAUCUGUCCUAUUUAUGGCAUCUCAGAGGAGAAUUGGAUUGGGACCAUGUAAGUAUUGUUAGUGUACUUCACAAGCUCUUAAUUACACUUAACAAAAUCAGUCCACUCUGAAAAUGAAGCCAAGAUAUUUUCUAUGUCUCUUAAGCAGGUUUUAAUUCUAGCAGUAUUGUUGAGGAGAUGUACAUACGGCUGCUUUCUUAUAGUUUUCCAUUCCUUAACUCAAAGAAUUAUCUACCUCAUUUUAAGAUCCCUGAAUAAAAGUGUCUCCUCACAGAAGCUGCAUUAGAAUUUCGGACUGAGGAUUUGCCCCUAAAAUAUUGUUGGUGAUCCUAAAUCAACAUGCUACCAUAUGUAGCCAGUAGGGCGUCUAUUGCAUCCUAGUUGAGCCUUGUCACGUUUGAGCUAUCUUUACCCAGUGAUUUACUUUUAGUAGGGAUAAUCAUGGUGAAAAUAUUUGCAGACAGCUGUUAGACUACACUAUAUGGUCAUUGCGUAACCCUAUAUUUUCUUUAUAUAUUUUUCAAACUAUACCUCUGCUCUCCAAGCAGAAGAAAACAGCAACACACUUAAUUCAUACAACUUGUUUAGGGUGGAGGGAAAUAUGUGAACAAAACUAUUUCAUAGUUUGCAAAAAUUAGAAAGCAAGUGUUAUCCCAUCAUGCGGGGGUCUGGUUACGUGGACCAGAUGGGGGCUGCCAUAAAUUGCAGACAGAAACUCUAAAAUCCUUGUUAAAAUGUCUUCUGGUCUUCUCAUUGCUGCUAAGAUGGCAAAAAAUAAACACGAAAUGACACAUAUGGAUUGACGAUAACAACGAUUAGUUCAGUUUUCAACAUUCCUUUUGAUAAGCUGCUACUCAUCUUACUAGAACUUUUAACGCUACUAAAUCUUUUAGCUGGAAUGACCUUGAAAAAGAAAGCUCCUCAGAACCAAAACAUUCAAUGAUAGAGGAAAAUCUUACCAGGACCAGGUUCAAACUCUUUCUGCAUUUACGAGGUAUGCAUGUUAAAGCACCCAUUUCUGGUCCUCUGCUUUAACCUCGCUGGGGUUAGUUUGUGAAAGUUUGGUGACUGAAUUACUGGUGUUAUGCGUUCCUUCCAAUACUACAUGUAUAAACUGAACCAUUGUCACAUCAUCCUAAGGCAUAAAUGUCGUUUUUUUUGGGGGGGGGCGGAGCUUUCAUUUGAUUAAUAAUUUAUUUGGCUUUAAACAUCAGUUAAAAACUUAGGAUUCUGGUCAGAACUGAUGCACUGGAAGGAGGAAUCUUGUAACAGGAAAAAGUAUACUUACCAACAAUGAAUAAAAAUAUAGAGAGUUAGGGUAUUGGGGAUGUAAAAACGCAAGAGAAAAUGUUGUACCUCAACAUUUUUGUAGAAAAAAAUCAAGGAUUGAUGUCUUGGUUUUAGCACUUGUAUAACUUUUCAUUUCAAUGUUUAGUUUUUAUAGGAAUAUAUAGUUUAAAACUUUUUAUUUUCAUACAAAUUAUCAUUAUGAUAAUACACUGAUUAUACGUUACAUUUCGAACUCUCAUCAUUUUGAUUUAAUCUGAAAAAUAGCAGUUGAACCCCUUGCUGUUGCACAACUUGCAAGCAUACUUUCAGCUACUCAAAUGCAUUUAAUGUCAAGAUUCAAAAUUGUUUGAUGUCAUUUUCUGAACACAAGGGUAAAGGGGAAUGAAAUAGUUGUUAGUCCGGAUCAGAUACAGCACAAAAGUAUAUUAGUGUGUUUCAAUGCUGCUAUUUUGGUUAAGGUCAAGGUUAGUACAGCAUUUUGAACAGACACUUGUUACAAUGAUUGGGUCACCAAUAAGAAAUUGAUGGAUUGAUCAAUUGUAUUGCACAUGCCCAUUACUUAUGCCUUGGGAUGUAUAACCAUUGAGUUUUUAAAGUAUUACUUGAUAUAGUUGUCAUGUGAUAUUUAAACUUUAAACACA